AUGGCCGCCCCUCACCGUGCUUUUCCCGAUCCGCCGCCGAUGGCCGCCUUCCGCUCUGGCCGACACGCUGCCCAUCUCCGCCUGGCCGUACCGCCGCGGCUGGCCGCCCACCCCUCCUUCCGCUUCCCCACCACGCCCCUCCCCACCCCAUCCAAGACGCGCCUCCCCGCCGCCGGCGCCGCCUCUCCCUACGCCGCCGCGCUCCUGCGCAUCCUCGCGCUCCACUCCCUCUUCCUUCUCGCGCCCGCCGCCCGAGCGCUCCCCUCCCUGCCCCACCUCUUCCUGCUUCCGCCGCUCCUCGCCAUCAUCUCCGCCGUCGCCAUCCUCCUCAUCCCCUCCAAGAGCCAGCCCCACCCCUUCCCGGCGCUACGCCACCUCUUCCGUCCCGCCCUCCUCCUGGCGGCGUCCCUUCUCCUCCGGCUCUCCUCCCUCCACCUCAUCAGUGACCCCGGUCUCAUCGUCCUCGCAGACUCCGCCGGCGCGCUGCUCGCCCGCGCCCUCAACCGCCCCUCCCGCCGCCGCGUGAUCUCCGUCGCUGCCGCCUCCGUUUCGCUGGCGGUCGUGUCGCCUUCCCACUCCGUGCUUCUUCUCGCACUCCCCUUUGCUUCCGGCCUCCUCUCCUCGUUCGAGCACUCUGUAUCUGCGCGACAUGUCACCCGCAGCCGCCACGCCCGUGCGGCCGUUUUUGCCCUCGCCGCCACCUUCCUCUCGGCGCCGGCACUUGCGGGCCUCUUCUUUCUUGAUGGCACUGACACCAGCGACGGUGUCCCGAUUGGCCAGCUCUGGUGGCUGCUCCUUAACGCGGCUGUCUUUGGCAUGGCCUUGGGGCGACGGCAAGCCUACGACAGCAGUAGCAGUAGCAGCAGACCAAGCAUGAAUUUUGCAAUGACCUUUGUGUGCACUAUUGUUCUGGAGCUGGUGUACUACCCAAAGCUGUCGUUGCCGGGCUUCUUAAUUUGUGGGUUCAUCUUGUGGAUCGCCAGCAGGGAGCUGACUCCUUCAGGAUAUGUUGAGCUUGGGAGCACUGACGAGUCCGUGUAUGAGGCUGUCAUGGGGCCGGUCCGGCAUAUCCUUAGUGAACGCAAGUCCAGGAAGAUUGCUGCUUUUCUGUUGAUCAACACAGCUUACAUGUUUGUUGAGUUCGCCAGCGGUUUCAUGAGCGAUAGCCUUGGGCUGCUCUCUGACGCUUGCCAUAUGUUGUUUGAUUGUGCUGCUCUGGCAAUUGGACUAUAUGCGUCGUACAUUGCGAGGCUGCCUGCAAAUGGAUUGUAUAACUAUGGAAGGGGCAGGUUUGAGGUGCUAUCUGGGUAUGUUAAUGCAGUGUUCUUGGUGCUUGUUGGGGCCCUGAUUGUGUUGGAGUCGUUUGAGAGGAUACUCGAGCCUCGGGAGAUAUCAACAAGUAGCCUUUUGGCAGUUUCUGUUGGUGGACUUUUUGUAAAUAUCAUUGGAUUGGUUUUCUUUCAUGAGGAGCACCAUCAUGCGCAUGGCGGUAGCUGCUCCCACUCCCAUUCACAUUCACAUUCUCAUUCUCAUUCACAUAAUCAUGUUCAUGAAGAUCACCAUCACCAUCAUGAUCAUGUUCAUGAAGAUCACCAUCACCAUCAUGAUCAUGUUCAUCAGAGUGCUGAUCACGAGAAGACAUGUUCUGGUCAUCAUGGAGACACAAAUAAGGGCCAUCAUCAGAAUCACCAACAUGAUAGCAACAAUGCAGAGAAUCAUCAUCAACAUAACCAUGGUUGUAGCCACAAGCAUGGUCACAAUGGCCAUAUGGAACAUCACCAGCAGGGUGUAGAUCAGGCUCAUCAAGAUUGCAGCAGCAUCAGCAGCGAGCAAGGACUUCUUGAGAUUCCACUGAUAAAUGUGCACUCUCAUGGCGCAGAAUCUCAGUCUUGUAAUGGAGAGGUGGAAUCGCCAGAAACCGGAAACCAUGCCAAGCCGGCAAGCCGGCGUCACAUUGACCAUAACAUGGAAGGUAUCUUCUUACAUGUCCUAGCUGACACAAUGGGAAGCGUUGGUGUUGUGAUCUCAACUCUAUUAAUCAAGUACAAGGGAUGGCUAAUAGCAGAUCCCAUUUGCUCUGUAUUCAUUUCAAUAAUGAUUGUGGCUUCUGUCCUUCCAUUGUUGAGAAAUUCUGCUGAAAUUUUGUUGCAAAGAGUUCCAAGGAGCCAUGAGAAGGACUUCGAAGCAGCACUGGAUGAUGUUAAGAAGAUUAAUGGUGUGAUUGGAGUCCAUAAUGUUCAUUUAUGGAACUUGACAAACACUGAUAUUGUAGGCACUUUUCAUCUUCAUAUAUCAGCCGAAGCUGACAAGUCUGUUAUAAGAGAAAGUGCUUCACGGAUAUUUCAAGAAGCUGGGGUUCAAGAUCUGACUAUCCAGAUCGAAUGUGUCGAAAGAUAG